AUGGGAGAAGCUUAUGUGCAACCCCCAGCGCUGAUACAUAGCACACAGCGAUAUCUUGAAGGCCCAGAAUCUACAGAGUUGCAUACAGUAGAUAUCUGGACAAGUGAUUCGGAUCCAGCUACCAAAGGAGACGAGAAAACAUGGGUCAUUUAUAUUCACGGGGGAGCAUGGAGGGAUCCUGCUGUAGACUCAAAGUCAUUUGAGCCAACAGUCUCUGAAUUAUGGACGUCUCCAAAGCGUAGCUCAAUUGGAGCUUUUGCAUCCAUAAAUUACCGGCUGUCGCCGUACCCUUCGCACGCUGAAAACCCCAGCAACCCGAAUGAUCCAACUCGGAAUGUGCAACACCCAGCUCACCUGCUUGAUGUAGCAGACGCUCUAUUAUAUUUGGACGAGCAGUAUGGAAUUGCCAAUCGCUAUAUUCUUGUAGGCCACAGCGCUGGUGCAACAAUGGCUUUUCAACUUCGCAAUUCUUACUUGAAAGAUGCAUUGCUUCCAAAACCAAGUUGUGUCCUUGGAGUUGCCGGAAUCUAUCACUUUGAUGAUUUUGUCGAAGUUCACAAACACAUACCAGCGUACAAGGAAAUGAUGGAAAAUGCGUUUCCGGAUCACAAUGUAUGGGAAGACGCUUCUCCGCCUGUUACCAAGCUACCAGGUUCCGCUCUGUGGGAAGAUGCGAAGAUUAUAGUUAUAUCACAUUCUGAUGGGGAUGAAUUGGUAGAGAAGGGCCAGUCUUCCACUAUGAUUAAACGUGCUAGAAGUAUAGCCCAAGCCGAAAGGGUACACUCGAUCCAAACUACUGGCAAGCAUGAUGAGCUCUGGAAGAAUGGUAAGCUAUUGGGAGGUUUGAUUUUGAAGUCAAUAGACUUGCUUAGAGUUUGA